AUGAGAUUCUUUUCGCUACUGGCAGGCGCUGCCGCGUUCGUAACUUCUACUGCUGCUCAUUAUACCAACAGCACACCGUCGGGCGAUAUCGACCAUGUCACCAUCUUUACGCCGCCGAGGAACUACACUGUCCCUCGCACACUCUACGCAAGAUCUGUCUUGCUGAACCAGGACUGUGAGGAGGACAAUGUCAUCCUUGCGACAUGGGAGAACUACCUCUACAACAACAACUCGAAUCCUUACUUCCCCAUCUACCAAUCCUAUGAUGGUGGUCACACUUGGUCGGAGCGCUCUCGCGUUUAUGACCAAGUCAACGGGUGGGGACUGAGAUAUCAGCCUUUCCUUUACGAGCUUUCGGAGCCCAUUGGCAAUUUCUCAGCCGGCACUAUCUUACUUGCCGGCAGCUCUAUCCCUCAAGAUCUCUCAGAGACCCAGCUUGAACUCUACGCCAGCACGGACAAGGGUUACACCUGGAAUUUCGUCUCUCACGUUGCUCACGGCGGUGAAGCUCUUCCCAACAACGGUCUCACUCCUGUCUGGGAACCUUUCCUGAUGACCUACAACAACACCUUGAUCUACUACUAUUCCGACCAGCGCGACCCUCGCUACGGUCAAAAACUAGUCCACCAAAUUUCUUCCGAUCUCCACUCUUGGGGUCCUGUGGUUGACGAUGUUGUAUACGGCACCUACGACUUCCGUCCCGGUAUGCCCGUGGUCUCGGAGAUGCCUUUUGGUCAAUACAUCAUGACGUACGAGUUCUACGGCGCCCCCGAGGUGGACUUUGCAGUAUACUACCGCAUCUCCACCGACGCUACAAACUUCAACGCCAGCAUUGGACGCCCUCUCGUCGCCACCGAUGGCACUGUUCCCUAUGGAAGUCCUUACAAUGUAUGGACACCUGUAGGCGGUGAGCUCGGCACUAUAGUCGUCAGCUGCGGUAAUCUUGGCGAAGUAUACCUAAAUCACAAUCUCGGUGCUCCAGGUGCUUGGACAAAGAUCAAUACUCUAGAACCUGCUUCUUAUACUAGGAGUCUUUUGGUGUUGCCUGGACAGGAGGAUAUUUUGAUUGUUGGAGGUGGUGUUCUGGGUGGUGAGUUCAAUGCUGUUACGGCAAGCUCUGUCAACGUGAAGCCUAAAGCCCCUGCUUUUGCAAAGUGUAAUGCCAGAAAGUAG